UUUGAGUCUCAUUGUCAACGUUUGGUGGGCGGUCUCCGGUUUUUAUUUUCUAUCCUGUAAAUAAUAUAUAGGAAGUAUCAUACAAUAUUAGUGCAAAUUAAAUAUUGGUCAUUAUUAGCGUUAAAGCAAUUUAAUUUAAUUUUUUAAUAUUCAAAUAAUAUAUUUGUCCGCGUUCGAUAUAUAUAUAUUAUAUUUAUAACUUUUAACCUAACCUUCAUUUAUUGUUAAUAAAUUUUUUACAUUUCCCUCUAUUGUUGCUUUGUUCUUUUUUAUAUGAAAAUAUAUUAGAAAAAAUUUUAAAUAACCUUCUCCGUAUAUUCUUUGUUUCGUGCGAUUGAUAAAAGUAGAAAAUAUUAUUGUGCAUAUCAAAUCUAAUAAAAUAUCAAUAUUUUUUGUUGAAUUAUUAAGUGCAGUUCAAUCAUGUUUGGAAAAAGCAUUUUUCUUUUUGCAUUAACAUUAAUUUAUUGUGGAUUUGCUCACGAAGAAGAUGUACAUACUAUUCAGUACAAUGAGGAAACAUUUAAAGAUGCUAUUAGCAAGAAAAAUCACUUUAUCAUGUUUUUCGCUCCUUGGUGCGGUCACUGCCAAAGACUUUCUCCUAUUUGGGGUCAACUUGCUGAAAUGUUGAAUGAAGAUGACGAUAGUCGAGUUCGCAUUGGAAAAGUCGAUUGUACAACUGACAAUGUAGUUUGUUCGAAACACGAUGUGACUGGAUAUCCCACGCUCAAAUUUUUCAAGGCUGGCGAAUCACAGGGUACAAAAUUCCGUGGAACUCGCGACUUACCUUCAUUAACUUCAUUCAUCAAUGAACAAUUAGGCAGCAUUCCUUCAGAAGAUGAAAAAAGUGAAGAAGAAGAAGUGGUGCCAUCAAUUCCAGAGCCUGUGAAUGGAUUGAUUGAAUUAACAGAGGACACUUUUGAUAAACAUGUGUCGACUGGUAAUCAUUUUGUGAAAUUCUAUGCGCCUUGGUGUGGACAUUGUCAAAAUUUGGCGCCCACAUGGGACGACCUUGCCAAUAGUUUAAGUUAUGAAAAAUCGGUAAGCAUUGCCAAAGUUGAUUGUACUCAAUUUCGUGGAAUUUGCGGUCAAUUUGACAUCAAGGGAUAUCCUACAUUGCUUUGGAUUGAGGAUGGAAAGAAGAAAGACAAAUAUACAGGAAAAAGAACUGCUGAAAAUUUGAAAGAAUACGUUUCGACAAUGCUUGGCAAGAGUGCAGAAGGAGAUGAAAGUGAAGAAGAUAAUGCUGACGGAUUAAUUCCAUCGGUGUCAAUUUUAAAUAGUGAAACAUUCAAUCAUGGCGUUGAGAAGGGUAUUUCGUUUGUUAAAUUUUUUGCACCAUGGUGUGGUCAUUGUAAACGAUUGGCGCCAACAUGGGAAGAUUUGGGCAAGAAAUUCUCCAGCAAAGAUGAUAUAAAUAUUGCAAAAGUUGAUUGCACAAUGGAAACAAGUAAAUCACUUUGCAACGAUCAAGAGGUCGACAGUUUUCCAACUUUAAUAUUGUAUAGAGAUGGAAAGAAAAUUUCCGAAUACAAUGGAUCACGUAGCUUAGAUGAUCUUUAUGAAUUUGUCAUGAAUCAUUUAAAACAACACGAUGAACUGUGAUUCCUUGCAAUCGUUACUUUAACGAAUAUUAAUAUUUUAUUAUAUUGUACAAAGUCAUUUACAAUAGUCAGUAUUUCAUUUUUAUUGUCAAUUUUUUUUUCAUUUAUUACCGGUGAUAAAUGAAAUUUUUUUUUUUUUAUUUCCUUUCUAAUCGUAAUAUGACAGUGUAAUGAAAUAUAAUACAUUACUAAAAAAAAAAAAAUUAACCUUCAUAAAAAAUUUGUUACCGACUUUUGAAACGAUUUUCUUCAUUAUAAUAUAUAAGUUUGUGCAAGAGUGAAAAAAAAUAGUUUCCGACGUUUGUUAAAUAGUUUUUUUUUUUUUUUUUUUUUAAUGAAUAAACAAAAACAAAGGAAAAGAAAAUAGUUUUUAACGUUUUAAAUAGGUUUUUAUCGCUAUGACAAGAGAGACUUGAAUUUAUUCGAAGAAUGCGUCGAGUAAAUUUAUAAUAGAAUUUUUUUAAGUGAUUUUUUCCUUCGUGUACUUAGAAUUGUAUAUUUACAGUGAGAAAGAGUUUUUAAUUUCCGUUUAGCGAUAUGUUAGAAUAUUUAUUAAAACACAGUUUUUUGAAAAAAAAAAAAAAA